UAGAUUGACGCACCCAUAGACUCUUAAAGAUUAAUUCGUGUAGGGUUUUAUUUUAAUUUUUUUCGUUUUGUGGAACAAAGUAUAAUGGAUGUAUAUCCCAGUCUAGUCGGUGACAGUAAUGAAACAUAAAUUGGAUAAAAACCGCCGUUAAACCUCACCGAAGAAGAAGAAGAAGAAGAAGAAGAAGCAGAAGAAGGCGGGACUUUCACAGCGUAUUGAAAGCCGGAGCGCCUUACUGACAGGGAACUCAACCAAUCAACGCUGGAGGUGGGGUCUUUUUUUUCUAGUUGUCACAUUCACAGCAUAAACGCUUCAUACUUUCUGUUUCAGAUUACUUUAAAACUUUGUUCCUAUAGAUAUACGUAAGAUUAUGAUUUCUGUGUAGAAAGGGGACUUCUAUUGGCAGAGCAAGUGGAGUAAACUUACCAGAGACUGGGUAAAAAAAUACUUUUCGAGUUCAACAAAUUCUGCCUGCUCAUCACAAGACUGCGGGGCAUGUGAUAUCGAUCAAGUAAUCUAGCUAGCCUCGGGUGUAGCUGUCUAACCGCGUUAGAGACAGUAACACCACCAUAUAUUUGGUAACACAAGCCCUGGGUUUUCCGGACAGGGACAAUGUAGUUAGCUUGGUGUAUAAAUCGUGUUUCUCAACGUAACUUAGGAAAACAAGUAAACAUGGUUCACGUAUACAACUGCCACCCUUUCGCGUCCCAGCAAAUCGUGCCAACCGAGCAGGAACCGGGGUUGGUGUGCUGUGGCGGAGGUGCCCUAUUCGUGGUGUCCGCUGGAGGAUGCAAGAUCGAGUGUUUUCAACUGGGAGAGGAGGGGUGUCCUCUCAUCUGCCGCUUCGCCACCAUGGGGACUGUGCAGAGCAUCCUACACAGCGAGAUAGGGGACUACCUGGUGACCAUCGAGGAGAAGAACAACGCCACCUACCUCCGCGCCUACACCAACUGGCGCUACCAGGCGGCUGAGAAGACCCGCGUUAGUGUGCGUCUGCUGGGCCAUUUCCUGCGCGGCUCAUCCCUGCGCGGGGCUCCCAAGGAGCAGAUGGAGAUCAUUGAGAUUCCAUUGUUUGAGCGUCCGCUGUGUGUGGCGUGCUGUGGGGUGACCGGAGACCUCCUGGUGGGGUGUCCUAAGAGCCUGGUGCUGUUCAGUCUAAAGAGACAGGCCCUCAACGACAAGCUCUCCAUCCUGGACUUUGAGCGCUGUCUGAUCCUCCACCUCCCGGGACUGUUACCCCAACAGGUGGCGAUCUGUGCAGGGUACAUUGCCCUGCAGGUAGAGCUGGAGGUGCUGGUGGUCAAGCUGGAGAGACUUCCUGGUGCCGCCCCUACCCAGAAGUCAACUGACAAGAAGCCCCAGGACCACAGUCUGGUCCCCAAAGAUAUGAUCACUGGAGCAGAACAGGACAACGAGACGGAGGUGAGGAGAGAGGGUCUGGCUGGUCACCAUGAUCAGGAUGACUUCUUCAUUUUCCCUAAGCACCAAGAGCUGCUGGGGGACAGGGCCAAGGACUGUGGGUUCAAGGUCUCUCUGGAGUGGACCGGCAUGGAGAGUGAGGCCAGGGGCAACCUCGCCAUCACCUAUAUCUUAUACAGGCGUUUUGCUCCAGACUUCUUCCAGGGCUGCAGUGUGGAGGAGACCCGCCUGCACUCCCUGCAGUUCCACCCUGUGUUCACCAGUAACCAGGAAGUGUGUGUGGAGGGGGGUAGAGGGGUGGAGCCGACGUGUGUGUUCUGUUUCUUCUCGCUGCCCAAGACGGGCUACUUGUACAGCGUGAGGGGCGGGGUUCAGAUGGUCUCAGCCUAUCAGUAUCCAGAGAAGGCCCAGCAGGCCGUCCUCACUGACCUCUUCCUCCACAUCAUCACAAAGAAUGCUCUCCAGUGCUUCUCCGUGAGGUGUACAGCAGUGGCAGCCAGAGCUGAGGACCCUUACAUCGACACCACAAUGAAGGCCUGUCCUCCCAUCACCAUGGAGAUGUGUGCUCUGCGAAUGCAGCUGUUCAUUGGUCUGAAAGCUCUGUGUCAUUACCGUCACUACAUCGUUCUGCUGACCGCUGCAGAUGUGGAGACCAGGGAGGACACAGAGAGGACCGCACGCAGGGUCACAGAUUACAAAGAUCACAAAAUCCUUAGGGGGAUUUUCCUAGCAGUAGGUAUAAAGCCUUCCACCACGCCGGCUCUGGAGAGCUUUCUGGCUCACUCCUUCCUGAACAGGAAGUCGUCCUUCACCAAGCCCCAGAAUCCCAGUGAGAUGGGUCAUGGCUGGAACCUGUACGUGGUCAACACCGUCCCCCCACUCCAGCUCUACAACGAGAUGGUGGAGUACAGUAAGAAGUAUGAGGAGACCAACCCUCUGUCUCAGAGCUGUCUGCACCUGCUCAGUGAAGCCCACCUCCUCCUGAGAGCCACGCUCCUGGACCCCCGGGUGGGAAACCCUGUAGAGCGGCCUCUGACCACUGGUCAGAACCUAGCCCAGGCCAUGAGAUCUACAACAACAGGGACCACAGACCGAGAGGAGCUGCAGCAAGCCUUCCUGGAGAGCUGCGCCCAGUUAGGAGACUGCUUCAGCAGGUUUGAUAAGCGUGACUGCCACCUGGCCCUGCCCUACUAUAAGAUGUCAGGCCUGUCUGUGACCGAGGUGAUCUUCAGGAACAGGGGUCUGUCUAACAGCCUCUGUGGCUACGGGAAAGGCUUCCUCUUCUUCCUCAAACACUCCCUCUGUGAGGAGACCCUGGAGCAGCUCACUGAGGAGACAGCCAACGAGGUGCUGGAUAUCUUCGGUGCGGCCGAGCCGUCCCAGCUCCCCCAUGUCAUAGCCAGCCCCUCCAUGGUUAGAGCUAGCCCUGACUGUGGCCUGGCCCACCUAGAGCGCCUGGAGGCCAUCGGAGCCCCCUCCGUACCCCUCACCUUGUCCAAGGCUGCCCUGGCCCUCCGCAUGGGAGACCUGCAGCUCUACAGGCAACACAUGGACCGACACACAGAGAUGCUGCAGGUGUAUGGGUUCAUUGAGGAAGCCAAGCUGCUGUUGCAUGGCAGAGGGGACGGGGUGGUGCCCACUCUCCUGGCACGCCACCUCAGAGACAGCCAGGACGGCCUGCUGGUGGCAGCCAUGGUGGCGCUGCACGAGAACGACAAGGUCAAACUGGACGAGGCUAACCUCUUCUUCCAGGAGCUGUGUUGGGACGUGUCGGGGCCCCAGGGAGGCCCUCAGCUGCUGGUUGACUUCUGGGAGGCCCUGCUGAUGGCCUCGUCACAGGAAGCUGUCAUCCAGGAGCUGCUGUUCCGCCUCACCACUGUCUACAUCGACCGCAUCACACGCCGAGACGGCCACGGAUUCAAACCGCUCAAAAGCGCAGACGACCUGAUCAACUGGUGUUCUCACUACGGCGUGUUGUAUCCCUGGGUCAGCAUCCUAACUCCAGCUCACUUCAACGUCAUUCCAGAUGACCAAGAGGACCUCCACAAACUACAGUCCCUGCUGUGCGGCCCCACCCUGGACGUGUCGUCCAUCCUGCCCCUGUUGGAGCAGCUGCCAGACGGGGACAACGCGGGGCUCAGUGUGCACGUGCUCUGUGCCACCAAGCUGGGCCGCCACGAGAGCUCCAUGGAGAGGCUGCUGGACCGCUGUCCUCAGGCCAUCAUCCCUUACGCUAACCACGAGCUGCAGAACAACAAAAUGGCUCUGUGGUGGCAGAAGCUGUUCCCUGAGCUGUGUGAGAGAACCAGAGCAACACGGGGCGAGAACGCCAUCCUACUGUCUGCACUCAAAGAAACGCUGGUGGUGGUUGCCAUGGAGCUGAACCCCCUGGAGUUCCUGGGCCUGUUGCCUGACGACGGGACGGCCCACUUCUUCCUGCCUCACCUGCUGGAGUGCAGCCAGAGAAACGGGCCGUAGAAUUACAAUUAGUAGAACAGACAUACAGUAGCUCUGAAAGACACUGUUUUAUUUCCUGCUCCAUCCAAUAGGGCAGAUUAGUAGAAUUUGACAUGUUUGCCUACGUAGAACCGGUUAGUUAGUGUCCAUUUUCAGCACACAUUCCAAAUGGUACGCCCAGUACAGCAACUGAUGCACCUGCAACGGACCACUGGUUUGAAUGGAAGUGUCCCUUCUACUGAUUCUAUUUCUAUGGAGGAUCCUAAACAUGGACCGUGCUGGACAAUCAACCACUUACAGAUUGUAGUGAGCUUCUCAAAACACUACUACUGUAGAGUCUUAUGAAAACGGUACCCAUACAAAACCACCGUCUGUAGUCCUAUUAGUCAAAUGAAUGUGAACAGAGAAUUUUGCUGUGCAGAGAUAUGAUUAUUUUCUGAUUUAAUAAGGAAAUCCUGAUUUUUCUGACCUCACUUUUUCUAUUUCUGUUAGGAAGUAUUGACGUCACGUUGCUAGUCAUACCCUGAGGGUACAAGUCCUCUUCUGUGUGGACUUGUGGACACCCCUGAAUCACUGUGAGACCUUUUCUUUAUUACUGAGUAUUAGGAACUGGAUGUUGACUUAUACACUGGACUGGUCUGGUUUUUCUGGUGUUCAUUGGGUGAAGAGAUAGGAAAAGGUGGUUGAAUAACGUGGAAGGAAGGAAGCUUGUCUGAAAGCUGUGACCUCACUACUGUGAAACCCGGUGUUCAUUCUAUUCCCAGUGUUGAAAUGUUUUGCUUUGAUCGUUUUAUUUCUUUUUUCGCUGCCUUAAUAAAUGCUCUCUAAAAACA